AUGGGAGAUUCAGCUAAUGAUGCCACCCCACAAGGUGCCUUCAGUUUCCCCAAGGAAGAGAUUGAAGUUAUCAAAAAGUGGGAUGAAGUUGAUGCUUUUCAAAGGUCAUUAGAGUUGACCAAGGAUUUACCACCAUUUGCCUUCUUUGACGGUCCUCCAUUUGCCACUGGUACCCCACACUACGGUCACAUGUUGUCAUCUACCGUGAAGGAUAUCAUUCCACGUUACGCCACAAUGAAUGGUCACCACGUUGAGAGAAGAUUUGGAUGGGAUACACACGGUUUGCCCGUGGAGCAUGAAAUUGACAAAAAGUUGGGCAUCACUUCGAAAGAAGAUGUUUACGCAAUGGGUAUCGACAAGUACAACGACGAAUGUAGAUCUAUUGUCAUGAGGUAUGCCGAUGAGUGGAGAAGCACCAUUAGAAGAUUGGGUAGAUGGAUCGAUAUGGAUAACGACUACAAAACUUUGUAUCCAUCAUUUAUGGAAUCUGUAUGGUGGGCUUUCAAAGAGCUUUUUGAAAAAGGAGCCGUUUAUAGAGGAUUAAGGGUCAUGCCUUACUCAACAGGCUGUACUACUCCAUUGUCAAACUUUGAAGCUCAGCAAAACUAUAAAGAAGUUAAUGACCCUGCCAUUACCAUUGCUUUCCCAUUGGUCGAUGACCCAGACACUAUUUUGGUUGCUUGGACAACAACCCCAUGGACUUUGCCAGCAAACAUUGCAUUGGCCGUUAAUCCUACAUUUACUUAUGUCAAGAUUUACGAUGAAAAAGCCAAAAAGUACUACAUCUUACUUGAAGAGCUCAUCACUACUCUCUACAAAAAGCCAGCGCUGGCCAAAUACAAAGUAGUGGAGAAGAUUCCAGGUGAGAAAUUGGUUGGUUUGAAAUACGUGCCAUUGUUUGAUUACUUUUACGACACUUUUAAAGACCACGGUUUCAGAGUUAUUCCAGGUUCAUACGUUACCAACGAUUCUGGUACUGGUAUUGUCCAUCAAUCUCCAUCAUAUGGUGAAGACGAUUUCAACUGUGCUACUGCUGCUGGUGUCAUCAAUGAAAACAGACCUCCUCCAAGUGUUGUCGACGAUGUCGGUAAGAUGACUGCAGAUGCUAAAUUGGUUGCGGGAAUGUACUUUAAGGAUGCCGACAAGGUUAUUAUCAAAAAGCUUGUUGAAGAAGGAAGAAUUUUGGUAAACUCACAAGCCAAGCACUCGUACCCAUUCUGCUGGAGAUCUGAUACUCCAUUGAUGUAUAGAACUGUUCCUGCGUGGUUUGUUAGGGUUGGUGAUGUCAUUCCCGGAAUGUUGGAGAAUGUAGAAAAAACUAAUUGGGUUCCAUCCCAUGUCAAGGAGAAGCGUUUCUCCAAUUGGAUUGCCAAUGCCAGGGAUUGGAACGUUUCUAGAAAUAGAUACUGGGGUACACCAAUCCCUAUCUGGGUGAGUGAAGAUUACGAGGAAAUGGUUUGUGUUGGUUCCAUUGAAGAGUUGAAGGAAUUGUCUGGCCGUGAUGACAUCACCGAUAUUCAUCGUGAAAGUAUUGAUUCCAUUACAAUCCCAUCUAAAAAGGGUAAAGGUACUUUGAGAAGAAUCGAGGAAGUGUUUGAUUGCUGGUUCGAGUCUGGUUCGAUGCCAUACGCUUCGAAACACUAUCCUUUUGAGAACAAGCAAAAGUUCUUAGACGCAUUCCCAGCCAACUUUAUCUCUGAAGGUUUGGAUCAAACCAGAGGUUGGUUUUAUACCUUGACCGUUUUGGGAACACACUUGUUCAACACUGCUCCUUACCAAAACGUUAUUGUUACAGGUAUUGUUCUUGCAGCUGAUGGUAAGAAGAUGUCCAAGAGAUUAAAGAAUUACCCAGAUCCUACUUUGCUUUUGGAGAAAUACGGUGCUGACGCUUUAAGAUUGUAUUUGAUCAACUCUCCAGUGUUGAGAGCUGAAACCUUGAAGUUCAAAGAGGAAGGUGUUAAAGAGAUUGUGACCAGCGUGCUUUUGCCAUGGUACAACUCAUACAAGUUCCUCAAAGACAGUGCCGACUUGUUUGAAAAGAAUACUGGCGACAAAUUCAUCUACAGUGCUGAUUUGAAAUCAGAUAAUGUUAUGGACAGAUGGUUAUUGGCUUCUAUUCAGUCCUUGAUCCAAUUCAUUCACGAGGAAAUGAAAGGUUACAGAUUAUACACAGUUGUGCCAAGAUUACUUCAAUUCAUUGAUGACUUGACAAAUUGGUACAUUAGAUUCAACCGUCGUAGAAUUAAAGGUUACUCAUCUGAUGACGUGAAUGACACCAAAAACGGUCUCAACACCUUGGCUGAAGCAUUGUUGAUUUUGUCUAGAGCAAUGGCACCAUUUACUCCAUUCUUGGCUGAUGGUAUUUACCAGAGAAUUAGACAAUUCUUUACCAAUGACUACUUGACCAAGAUUGGUGUUAAUCCAGAAGCCAAAGAAUUUGAGUCGGUUCACUUUUUAUCUUACCCAUCGGUCAGAGAAGAAUAUUUCGAUGAAGAGAUUGAGGUUGCAGUUUCAAGAAUGCAAAAAGUUAUUGAUUUGGGAAGAAACAUUAGGGAAAAGAAUAUGAUUUCAUUAAAGACACCUUUGCAAAGCUUGGUCAUUAUCAACUCUGAUCCUAAGUACCGUAAGGAUGUUGAGUCCUUGAAGGAGUACAUCAGUAGUGAAUUGAAUGUCCGUGAUAUUGUCAUUACCGAGGAUGAAGAUAAAUACGGAGUUACAUAUUCACUUGCAGCUGACUGGCCUGUUCUUGGAAAGAAAUUGAAAGGUGACUCUAAAAAGGUCAAAGCAGCCCUUCCAAAGGUUUCUUCAGAGGCAGUCAAGGAAUUUGCCAAGACCGGUAAGAUUGAUGUUGAUGGAAUUGUUUGUGUUAAGGAAGACCUUCAGAUUGUGAAAGGUUUACGUGAAGGAACUGCCGGACUCGAAUGCCGUUCCUCAUACGAGACAUUGGUUUUGUUAGAUACAAACUUGCAUCCUGAGUUGGAAAGUGAAGGUUUGGCAAGAGAGCUUCUUAAUCGUAUCCAAAGAUUGAGAAAGAAGAUUGGUCUUAGCUCCACAGAUGAUAUAAUUGUUGGUUACGAAUUGGUUGAAGACAAGAUGAACUUCAAGGAUGUUGUUAGUGCCAACGAGGAGUUGAUUCUCAAAACAACUACUUACCCAUUGAAAGAAGUUAAAGGCGACGAGAAAGAUGCUAUUGCUACCGAGGAGCAAAAGAUCAACGAUACUAUUUUCAAAUUGCUGUUAUUCAAGUUAGAAUAA